AAUUUGUAUUUUUAUCAACAGAUUCUGGUUCUGAGGGAAUGAGCUUGGGACCAAUGGUAAUCAGCGGACAAAUGUCCAAUAGUCAGGAGGCAGAAGUGGUGGAAUAUUCUCCAACUAGUAUUGAAACAAUGGAAUCAGGAAUCUCUUUGUCAUCUCCUCAAGAGCUAAGUGGAGAUGAAGUUGAAAUGGAAGAAUCCAUCUUGUCUAAAAUGGUGGAGAUAGAUGAGGAAGAGGAAGAAGAUAAGCAGAGAGGAGCAUCCAUGAUGGAUGUAGAGUCGCUGUCUUUGCAGGGCAUGAGUGGAGCACAGCCCCCAGAGUCACAUACUGGUUUGCCAGUUUCUGAUGCUGGAGAUGAUGAUGAUAACUAUGAGGACGAUUUUGAGGAUUAUGAAUCAGAUUUUGAAGAAGACAGUGGAUUAGGGGUGGAAGAUGAGAAUAGCUCAGGAAGUAGUGAAGAUGAAGAAUCAGGAAGUUCUCCUGAAGAAAGUGAUGUAGACUCUGCUGAUUCUGAAGUAGCUGCUGUUCUGCUUGCCAUACAAGAGGAAAAUAGAUUUGAAGAGGCUGGAACGUACCUUUAGUGUUGAUGUUCCAGAAGAGUCCAGGAACUCAAUGUCACCUGAAAAGAAAAUACAACCAGUGCCAAUACCAGAGGUUGAAGAUAUUAUAGAUAAACAAAAGCCACAAACACAAGUUGCCAGACCAAAAACUUCACAAACUUUUGUUAACUUUGAAAGAGCAAAGAAACAGCAGAAGAUGGC